UUUGCAAGAAUAUGCACACAGUUCUUUGCUCGACAGGAAGUGAGCUGCAUGGAAAGUACAGCGACGGAAGGACCUGAGCUGUGCGCGGAACCAUGGUUUAGAUGAUCUUGUUCGUCGUCAGGGUAUAAACUCCUCCAUCUCAAAGGUUUUGAAUCCGGCAUGGGUGGAGAGAGAGACUUUUCGAUUGCGUGGAGUCCAGCAUCGAUUACAUCGACUUUUCUGGUGUUGAUGCAAAUUUCUUGUCAUGAUUGAUUGCAUCUCUCUGGAGAUCUUGAACCGUCGUUCCUUGACAUUCGUGGUUCAUGAAGUGGUCUAUGUGCAGCGCUUUGCCCAGUUUCACUUGAAAAGCAAAAUACCCUGCCAAAAUCUUUUGAAGAGAGUGAGUCGAUCAGCGAUUCGCUACUGUUUUUUGGUAGGAGAGCCGCAGGUUGUAGUUGCUGUGAGCUUACUGCAGACAUGGACUCGAUCUGGUACUUGUUACUAUGUGGACUCAUGGGCGUUCAAGGAGGAAUGGGAGUGGCGGUUAUGCAUGCGACCUUCGAGCAUAUCUGGUACCACUUUCUAGACUGGUUGCACAGGAAAGAAUAUAUUCAGAGACUGGCACCUUCCAUCAAGGUUACUCAAAACCAAUAUUUCAAGGAGAGCUUCUGGGCUGUAGCAGUUGGUUCCAUGCCCGUCUCCGCGGCUGGAUUUUACUUAAGACAUGGUUUUUGGAAUCGGUGCCUAUUCUCUGAUGACAUCGUUGGCAGUCUCCUCUUCACAUGGUUUGUUAUGGUACUUCACGACGCUUACUUUUUCGCAGUGCACUCUUUCAUGCACCUCUGCAAGUCGGUUUAUAAGCGCGUCCACCAGUGGCACCAUUCAACCAAUGGGGAUUUGACGGCCUUCAACACAGCAUACGGUGAUAUUCUCGAUAUAGCCUUUACGUUUGGACCAUUCUAUGCUGCCUUGGUUGCAUAUGUCUACAACCAAUCGUCGUGGAAUGCCCUUGACGUCAUUUGCCUCAUGUGGGCUGUAAAUGGCGUGGACAUUAUGGGCCAUUGCGGCUAUGACCUUCCCGUCUGGAUCUACGCCUCCGGCUCCCUGGGAGUGCUCCUCGCACCCUUUGCACAACGACCAAAACACCAUUAUAUUCAUCACUUGGACCCCAGGUACAACAGAUCCCUGUACUUCACUUGGUGGGACAGAUUAGCAGGUACUUUCCGGGAAAACCAUCCCAAAGUGGUUAAUGACAUCUACGCCACUCCAUGGUCCGGAAAGGAGCUUUGAGAACCAAUACAUUCCUCCAAAAGAAAUCAAUUCUUUGGAGCUGCAAAAGAUUAACUUGAUAGGUAAUUGGAACUACUUCUAGAUAGUUUUCAUAGCGUUGAUCACUUCAAAAAUGGGACUUGUGAUGAACAAGAAACGACUGAGCAGAAUUUUUUGAUUCGUGCUCUGUCUUUGGCUGACUAUACGGUGUAUAUAAGGAUUAUACAAAGUGAACACACAUUAGUUUCGUCCUUGAAAUAAAGGUUGAUUCUAGGACCUGUAUGCUUGUGUAGA